AUGCCGCAAUGGCAUAAUUCCUUGCUGAAACAUCUUGACUUGAGCUUCAACGAGCUUAAUACUCUGCCCGAAGAUGCGUUCGUGCACCUUCCUUACCUGGAGCAGCUGCUACUGCCAGGGAAUGGCCUGCAAGUUCUUCCCGAUCGACUAUUUGUCUCGAACACCAGGAUCUCCUCCCUGGACGUUUCUCACAACGCGCUAACAACUUUGGGGACAACGACAUUCAGAAGACUCAAGCAUCUGAAAGUUCUCAAGGCAUCGGACAACAAGCUCGUCCAGCUCCAACCCACUUUAUUUGAAGCUAACUUUCUACUGUCAGAAAUCUUCGUCCACAAUAACAAGUUGACUUCGCUGAGUUCUCAGCUGCUGAACGCAACUCAGAUCUCUCUGCUGUCACUUAACGACAACCCGUGGCACUGCGACUGCGCGCUCAAGACCUUCCUGGAGGAGGUCCACAGCCGCGGGGCGUCCGUCGUUGCUGCAACAGAGUGCGCCACGCCGCCAGCCAUGGCUAAGAGGGAUGUCAUCCUGCUGUUCCACGACCACAUUGCUUGCAACGUCACUGCCCAGCGGGGAGAUACGUCUACACCUGUUGUAGUGACUGAGUCUCAGUAA